UUGAUCCUUCAUCGGAAUUGAACCCCUAGAUUCGAACCCUAAUAACUUGCAAAACCCAAAAUAAUACAAAACCGUCGUUGUUGAACUUCAGGGUAACUGUCAUAGUUAUCUUCAGGUGUUCGAUGAUUCAAAUGCCAUUGUAAUAAUCGCUUGCCUGCCUCCUGUAAUUCGUUAUCGCGAUCAGUUUGUGCAUAGAAACCAGAUAUGUCGAUGUCUUACUUACAGUCUCUUCCUUCUCCUUCUGUUAGUAUGAAGCUCCAGAUCAGUUUUUUCUUUUCCCUUUUUACAGCUUUCCUCUAUCAAACAGGCAUCGUUGGUUCUGUGGUUGUACCUGCAACCAGUUGCUAUGCUCUUGACAAUUCUAGCCACAUUCAUGAUUUUAGUAGCUGGUUUGGACACCCUAUUGAGUAUGAUGGAGUGGAUACUGAUUAUGCAAUUCGAUUCUGUAAAGAUGUGGAAACAAGAUCACAACCGGGGUAUGUUGCUUUUGGCAGAUUUGAUGACUUCAAUUAUUUUGUUGCUGGUUCAGGACGUUAUGAUUUUGUUCAAGAAUUUUAUAAUGGUGAUCUUCAACACUGUGAAAUAAGUCUUGACAAAAGGGGGCGUACAGCUCAAGUAAACAUCAUAUGUGGUGAUUGCCCAAAUGGGCGUUGCAAAGGUGGACUUGAAUGUGUAUGCAAUGUGACACUUGAGUCAGAUUGCAGAAUUAUUGUUGAACUUGCAAUUCCAUGUGAGAAACCAGGUUUACGAGUGUUUGAAGGAUUCACAGUGGGUCUUCAUCCAAGAUCAUGGGAAAUUGUUUACAAUGGCAUGACUCAAAUCGGUUACGAAAAGGCUUAUAAGGAUUACAGGUUUGAUACAGACCAGAGUGAUGUAUCACUCUAUAUGACAGCAAUUGCAUCCCUUUCACAUUUAGUAAAAAAACCAUCCAUAAAGGUUUCUCCAGAGACCGGUUUGGAGGUUACUUUGUCUGGUUCAGGGGCAACCGGGACUCCACCUACAACUUUGUCUCCAACAUUGUUGAACAUCGAUUGGAGAUGUGAAAAAACCAGUGAGAAUCCGUAUGAGGUUGAAAUAACUAUCCCAGUGGAGGGUUAUGAUCCCAUUCAGUUUACUCUUACAAAAAUGUGCGAAUCUAGGCAAAAUAAAGGAGGGGAUUCUACUAAAGGAUGGGCUCUAUUUGGAAUUUUUUCCUGCGUAUUCUUUGUCAUUUCAAUACUAUUCUGCUGUGGUGGCUUUGUUUACAAGACUCGAGUACAAAAACAGCAUGGGAUUGAUGCAUUGCCGGGAAUGACAAUUUUAUCUGCAUGUUUGGAGACUGUGAGUGGUGUUGGAGGGGGGUCAGGGUCAGGGUCAGGGUACCUAAGGGUGGAUGAUCCUAAUGAUGUUUUUACAAGUCAAGCUUCAUGGACACGUGAGCCUACUGAAGUGGCUUCAGGAUCUUCAAGAACAAGUGAGAGAAAAUAUGGGACGUAAUUACCCUUUUGGCCUAUUCUUGUUAACUUCAAGUGAUAUACAAGGGAAGGCGUUUCUUUUUCCUAUUAUGCCCUCCAACCAGAUUCUAGUGUUCCCCACGGGAGUACAAGCAUUGGAUCUAAGUGUUUCUUGACUGUAUUUGUUGUGACAAAAUUACAUUUACAUUGUUUGGGAAUAAUCCUAUGUGGGAUCAUGUUCAUGGAGUUUGAACUUAUAGAGUUAUAGUGCUUUAUGUUGUUUACAUAUCAAAGAAGCAAGCAUGUUUCGAGCUUUA